AUGGCAACCGCCGAUUACAUUGUCAGGGUUGAAAACCAUUCCAAGGGUUACCAAAACUACGUUUUCUUGAACGACCCGCCGGCGUUAGAGGUAGGGUCUGGGGCCAAGCCAAAGGUUUGGCCAAUUGUGUGGCAGUCGAACGGUUCGGCCCCCAAUUCUGGCUCCGUCCAGUUCACAGCCAAGGCUGCCAACUAUGCUGCCGCCGGCACGGUCAAGAAGGUGCUCGACAACAACGUCAAGGUUAUCUCCACCAUUGCCCUCAAUGUGGAGGUGAAAUCUGCCGUCAAGGUGGGCACCAAAGCAGCCAUGGAGCUCGACGGCUCUGGCACGCCGAAAUUCAAUCCUCCCUAUGACGCUGUGGCAGCGGACAGCUCCUUCGCCAUUAAGACGCGGCCAUACGAUUCCAUCACUUAUCGCAAUAUCUACUGUGGAUAUGGCAAGGACGACGGCGGCGGCGGCGUCACGCCAGUUGCCGGAUUCAUGGCCCAGCCCGAGCAGUUAUACCAGAUUACCCCCUCGCUCAAGUACUUUGUCGGAGUUGGAGACCAGUACCCAGGCACUGCCGUCGACAUCGAUACCUUGGAGGGAAGGGAAAUUGAUUUUACCACGGCCAAGCCUGGCCAGACCAUUGCCACCGUCAUUCAGCAUGACGAUGACUCGUUCUCGGAGCCCAAGUUCAGCUACCCAUAAAGUCGAUCAAGUCUUGUUCUCGCAGGACUUGCUCCGUCCGCCUCGUAUGGCCUGCCGUACCGGGCGCCUUCAGCCACUCGUCUCGGCGACCGCUGGCUGCACCCCUUCACUUUCUAUCAAAAGUCAUGGACUUGGAACAUGACUCGUCGCUCGUUUUUUCUAGUAUUUGAAUCAUGGGAGGGCAUUCAUGUGGAAACUGACAGACAUACACUUCCUGGCAACAAAUUGAACUCAACAUUGAAUGAGACCAGACAGGUGGAAAGCGGUUGGUAACCCGGCAAUACACUUACACUCUUCCUUCUCA